GACUGAGGAAUCGUCAUCACAGAGCGACAACAUCUUUCUUCUCCUUGAACUGAUACUAAAGCCGGAUAUAUAUAUAUUUUUUUAAGCUAAGAUGUGAUUCUGAAAAUUAUUUGAAUAAUUUUAAAAGCCAGUUUUAUUUAUUUUAACAGAACCUUCCGUAUACAAAAAUAAAAGUCCCCGGAAGUCCGUUCUCAGAUUGGAAACACAUGGUUUCUUCAUGUCGUGUCUGAAGCUCAAUUAUGCCAAAACUAUUCGAUAUAAAGUUUCCAGGGGAUUGUAGGACUCUUCCCGAAGGCUUCUGGUCAGCUGUAGACGUGUGGAUAAAGAAACCUCAUGUUGUCAAUAAGCGUCUUUGUGGGGUUAAAGAGACAGAGAGUAGAGACGUGGACGGAGAGGAUGUACGGCUCCUGCUGGGCGUCCCUGUCUCUGAAGUCUCCCAUGAUGUGUUAACCUUCCUGACCAGCAAGCUUUCACCUACUCAGACACACGAAAGGGACAAACCCUGGUCCUCCACUGUCAGGACAUUUAUUCCUAAAGUAAACAGUUAUGGGACAAGCCUGCAUAAAGAAGUUGUGCUGAGAGACUUUAGCAGACAACAAGUGACCUUUCUUCCACUGGAAGAGGACGCAGAAGGACAGUUGUCUCUAAAGAAGGGCAACAUUUAUCAGAUUCAGCUCUGCAGUCAGGACUGUGAGGAGUGGUCCUUGGAGCUGCACGUCUUGACUCCAGAUGUGUGGUUCUCUGAUGGCGUGGCGUACCCCAAGCUGCCCUGGCUGUCCUCGGAUCUGCUGCCGAAGCUGGUGCGCUGGGCCACCGAGCGCAAGAGCAGCGAGUUCAAGAGCACCUUGUCUCUGCUGCCGGUGGAGAAGUACAGCCUCGUGUACCAGCAGCUGAAGGACAAGUACAAGGCCAUGGUCAAGGUUUGGCCUGAGGUGACAGAUCCUGAGAAGUUUGUCUAUGAGGAUGUUGCCAUAGCUACAUAUCUCCUGGUGCUAUGGGCUGAGGAGCGAGCUGAGAAAGGUCUCACAUCCAGACAGUCCUUUGUGGACCUCGGCUGUGGAAACGGCCUCCUGGUUCACAUACUGACCAAUGAAGGGCACCCUGGAAAGGGUAUCGACGUUCGGAGGAGGAAGAUCUGGGACACGUACGGCCCCCAGACUCUGCUAGAGGAAAAGGCAAUUACUCCCAGUGAGAGCUGCUUAUUCCCGGGUGCGGACUGGCUGAUUGGGAACCACUCGGACGAGCUCACACCGUGGAUCCCCGUUAUAGCAGCCAGGUCAUCUUACUCCUGCCGGUACUUCGUCCUCCCCUGUUGUUUCUUUGACUUUUAUGGAAAAUACCAGAGACGUCAGUGUAAGAAGUCUCAGUAUAAAGAAUACAUUGAUUUCAUCAGCGAGGUCAGCCGAGUCAGUGGCUUCAACACUGAGGAGGACUGCCUGAGGAUACCGUCCACCAAACGGGUGUGUUUGGUAGGAAAGUCGAGAAACUAUCAGCGAUCUGAUGAGGCCGAGGCAGAGCAGCGAAGAGCUCGUUACAUCCAGAGCCGAAAAACCACACCUGGGGUCACAGGUCAAGGGUCAGACAUCAGAAAUGAUGGGGACGGUUGCCAUGGGAAUGCAGACAGUGACAGGAUCCCCAGUGAGUGCAGCUGGGGAGCCGGGUUCCAGCCCCGAGACAGGGUUGAAAUGGUUCGAAACUGCGCCGCUCUCCCCCGGGACUUUGUCGACGGCGUUGUCCUGAAGGUUGCUAAUGUUCUUCUGGGAAUGACUGUGGAUGACGGCGCGGGUUCCUCCAGUGACUGGAACCGAGGAGGCAGCCUCUCUGUGAGCGAGGUCGCCGGGCUGUUGGAGCAGGAAACCCUGCAGCUCCUGAAGAAGGAGUGUGGAGGCCUUCAGACGCUGCUCAAAAACAACCAUCAAGUCUUCAGAGUGGAAGGAGGGAGGGUGUAUAUAAGAGACUGGCGGGACAGGAAGUCCUCCAGGGCGGAUACCAAGAGGAAACCUGUUGCUCCCGGUGCCCUGAAAACUCGUCCCUGCUGGUUUCACGCCCACCACCCUCAGGGCUGCCCUCUGCAGGCUGAACACUGUGCCUUCGCCCACGGACCAGGUGACCUCCGACCCUCAACCAGGCCUCUGAAGAAGAUAAAAAAUGAUGCGUUUUGAUUGGAUCAUUCCUCCUGGACACUUUAGUUCAUUUAAUUUCAAAUUGCUCCCAACAAUAAACGAACUUCUGAGUUCAAACAACUCAAUAUCAGCGAGUAACCAGAUUUUUAAUUAACAGUGAGCGCUCUGUCCAUCAGUGGAGGAACCUGCUGUGGAAACUCCACGCGUCCGUCUCUGCAGCCACACAGAGGAAGACGUUUUGGUCCGAGCUGUGUGAGUUUUAUUGAUGCCAUGUUACAUCAUGGGUUAUGAGCAGAAAUUUAAUUUCAAAAGAUUCUUCUUUUUUUUUACUUAUUUAAGAAGUGUCUUUGAAUUUGUUUUUACAGAUCAUGAAAUCUGUCAUGCGUUUAUUUUAACAUUUUUCCUCAAGGUGAGUGGUUUUCCAAGUAGACGGGCACUUUGAGGUUCACAGGCAGGGCAGUGGAUAAAUAGCGGGCAGCGUUUGAACAAAGUAAAUGUUAGUGGUAUGAAUUAUUUGUUGGCAGGAGUUGAGGGGUGAGCUGCGUGUCGUCCCUUCUGGACAGGUGCUCACUGCAGUGUCUCUCUAACACAGUUUGCCAUCACACUGAGGCUCAAAUGUCAAAGACGAUAAGGCCCACCCAGGGACUGCGGCGGGGCGAUGAGAAGAGCGUCCGCGGGGGCGUGUUUGUUCAUGUGUUUGUAGCAGCAUUUUCACCAUAGUUAUCCUGAAGGUUGCAUAACAAUUGCAUGUGUAGUUGUAUGGAAGCCCAUUUAAGCCCAGGAGUGAGUGCUGUCUCAGGAAGUAGCUGUGUGUCCUGUUCAGAGGGUAAAAAUCCAUACCAUGGUUGAAGGGGACAUUCUAAGGUUAGCUACGUACUAGCAGACUGGAUGACCCCAUAUCCCCUGGAGCUCAGUGGCUGCGUCAUUGAAUAUUGAUGAAGACGUACAUAUAUUUGCUUGACCUGACCGCAGGUUCAGCACAGGGAGGAAAAAGAAAACCCUGAGAGUUUUUUGGCUGCUCGUUAGUGCUGAAGGACAGUUUACGGGUGAUGGAAGUCCAUUUAGACAUAAAUGAUGCUGUGAUGGACAUACACUUCAGAGGAGCUGAGAGUGAAUCAGUGAACGUGUGGUCGUGUGGUGACGGGCAGCACUCAGUCAUAAUGAGCACAGCUAUGUGUGGGUUUUAAUGACCUGCUUAAAUCAUUUCUCUCCCCCGUCUCACCCCUUCCCCCACGCAAUUAUUACUUCCUGGAAGGAAUCAAUUGGUGAAAAUACUCCCGCCGCUCUGGGUCUGCAAAGAUCAUCUGAUCCAAUCGACCUGCUGCCCUGCAUUUAAGUGCUGCAGAGUGUGUGACGUGGCCCGGGAGCGGAGGUGUUCACCUGCCCGCUAACACACCCCACACUUGCAGACGCUCUUGCCGUGACCUUUUGACCCCAGCCCCUUCUGACCGCUGCCCAAUCAGCCGUCAUUAUGACUCUGUUCAUGACUGCCUCGCUCUGCUGCCCCGGAGACCAGAGGAGAAGGGGGAUCCAGGGCAAGCAAAAAUUACCUCCCACACCCCUCUGUCCCACCCACCCCACCCACACUGAGCGAGUCUCCCUGCCCUCAGCCCUCAUGUACAUGCAUCACGCAUCACAGGAGGUCUAUUGCUCUCAGCACAAUUCAUAGGUACACUGGACUGAAUCAGGGAUGCAGCUAACAUAGUAGUUUUGGUAAUUGGCAGGUCAGAGCAUGUCUGGGAAUCUAGGUCAUAAUGUCUUUAUCAUACAAAAAUGAGUCAUGGUUAUGAGAAAAAAGUAGUAGUAGGUGUAAAAUGAUGUUUUAGUAACAUAGUAGUUACCAGCCUGGGGUCAGGAUCCCCCCAAGGGAUCUAAAGAUAAACUGUGUGAUGUAGCAGAUGGAAAAACAGAAGGAAAAAUAAUUUUUUUCAGACUUUUCUCAAACCUUUGCUUUUUUCCUUGAGAAAUACUUUAUAGUUUUUUCCUCUUAAUUACUGUGCAAAAUGUAUUACUGCAUUGCAAAGGAGUGCGAGUAGGUGUUCAGUUCAACUGGUUUCCAGAUAACAGGAUCCUGUUGCUGUUCCAGUGGAAAAAUAUGUGAAUCAUGAGAGCUAUGUAAACAAGGAGUUGAAACAAAGUGGGUCUGUUUUACACAAUCUCUGAUACGGAACAGUGGCUACACUCGUUCCUGAUUUCUCUACAGUAAUGAAAGAAGAAAAUCUUUUUUUUUUUAAAUUUCUUACCCAUAUACUGGACACGUCUGUCUCAUACGGUCCACAGGAAAGAAUUAGGGAUGGUGAAAGCAAAAGAUGGGACAGAGGGGAGCACAUUAGCAGACGGACAAAAUUACUCCCCAUGCCUGAAAUCUAGGUCAGGGAGAAGUGGCUGCAUGUGUUUGCCGAAGCCAACAACUUUCCCUGCGUUUCCCUCAUACUUUAUUCAUUGUGGCACCAUGGGGCUUGAUGUAAUGCAGCGUCUCCAAGACAUUAUUUUGGAUGUACAGAAGUCUCUUAGCAAAGCGAGCCGUGUAGGCCUCCGACGCUGACAGCUGUCACUGCGAUGAAUUCUUUUGUUUGACUGUUGUUGCCUUAGAAAAUCUUGUUUUUCUCCUCACUUUUAUUUUAUUUGUAUGUUUUCUGGAGAUGGGGGUUUGUAUUCAGUAUGUUACUGUGUGUCAAAUAUCCAUGUAGAAUAAAGGAACCUCCUACAUAUGUAGGGCGACAUGUGAUGCUACCCUACGCCUGAAAUUGGUAAUUACAUUUCUAGGGAGGUGGUUGUCAGGCUAAGGCGUAGGCUACUUGGCUAUGCUAUGCCUACGGCAUAGAUUCUACGUCGGAGCUGACCUUUACUACGACCACAUGCACACCUCGGCACGGGGAGAAAUCCAAAGCCUGCCAUGGUGAAUCAUGGUUGUACUGUACAUAAAUGGCUGCAAUUCUUAAAAUCGUCACCAAAGCCAGACAAUCUUCAGCCUUAUGUCUGUACCAUCCGAUCUUAUUUGUAGAGCAGCUUCAUUAGUAUUCAGCAUUACCCCAUAAAAAAUGAAUGGCUCGUGUGACUAAGUCACCUCGUAGGAGAAGAGCUUACUCAUCCUGGAUGACUCUGAACUACUAUUAUAAAUUAACAAGACACGAGUGAGUCACUGGGUGAUUUGUUGUGGUGAUUUCAUGUGUUCUAAUGUGUUGAAAUGGCCAGGAGAUGUGGUUUUUUUUUCACUCAGCCCUUUCAUCUGGUUCGUUUUCCUCUGGGUCAGCGUGGUCGUUCAUCUUAUUGCCCUUUACGCUUGCAUUUCUGACCACCUGAUGAAUGUGAGUCCAGUAUUUGUUUUCUGUUCAGUGC